AUUAGGUUUAAUUAAUGAGAAAGGAUAGCCACCUUCCCCAUUCCCACGUUCGCGCUCGCUUCGUCCUCCGUGACUCGACUCCCUCGAGCCCGAAGGAGUUCGAUUUCCUUCUCCUUCCCCUGCCUUUUACCUCGUAUUUUUCUUUUGAUUCUCCGCUCUCUUCGUUCUUCCUACGUUUUUUGGCCGGCGUGGUGGGUGGGCCGAAGGCGAACCCGACAUGAGUUCCGGAGGGUUGCUCGAAAUCGAUCCCCUGGAGCUCAAGUUCCCUUUCGAAGUUAAGAAGCAGAUCUCGUGCUCGCUGCAGUUAACCAACAAGUCGGAUGAUUACGUCGCGUUUAAGGUGAAGACGACAAGCCCAAAGAAGUACUGUGUCAGGCCGAAUGCUGGGAUCGUGCUGCCUCGAUCCACAUGUGAUUUAAUUGUUACAAUGCAAUCACAGCGUGAAGGUCCUCCUGACAUGCAAUGCAAAGACAAGUUCCUUGUCCAGAGUGUCAUCAUUGACCAAGCCGCUACUACAAAAGACAUCACCACGGAAAUGUUUGCAAAGGAGUCGGGGAAUGUGGUGGAUGAGGUGAAAUUGCGAGUGACCUAUGUCUCACCACCUCAACCACCUUCGCCAGUACCUGAGGGUUCGGAAGAGGGCUCAUCACCUAGGCCUUCUGUCUCAGAGAAUGGAAAUCUGAAUUCUUCAGAAUUACUUGCUGCAACAAGAGCAUAUGCCGAAAAUAUUCAGCAAGAAAAAUCUUCUGAGAAUUUGGCUAUAAUUUCAAGGUUGGCUGAGGAGAAGACCACUGCUAUCCAACAGAACAAUAAACUUCGACAAGAACUGGAACUUGUGAGGCGAGAAGUCAGCAAGCAACAAGGUGGCUUCUCAUUCAUGUUUGUGGUGAUUAUUGCGUUGCUUGGAAUUUUUAUGGGGUACAUGUUCAAGAAGUAAGAUUCAAUUGUAGCCCUUCUCAUUGAUUUGACUGCCAUAGAUUGUGUUAGGUUCCUUGUAGGAUUUUAGUGAUGGCUCACCUAAGGUGUGAUGGGUUCAUCUGUGUAACAUCUGCUGCUAUGGUGUGUGAUUUCAGAGUGCUUUGCCUCCUUUUUGUAUUUCAUACUAAUGUGUAGAAGAACUUGUUUGUGAGCAAGUUCUAUGAAGAAUCUCAAACAUUGAAUUCGUGAUUAAGAAAGAGUACAACUAGCUCUGGAAAAGCUUGAUUUCACGA